AUAAACCGCAGACUUCCUUCCCUGCCAAUCCCGUCGUAUCCGAUGGCGUCCAAGUCCGGCGAGCUGCGCAUGACGCUGCUGGGCGUGGCCCUGCUGGGGCUUCUGCUGCUGAGCCAGCACGCGGCGGCGGCCGAACCCACCGGUGCCCCCGCCACCGGCAAGAAGACCAAUAGCUUCAGCUUCAACAGCGCCGGCGGCCGCACGCUCACCAGCUUCACCAUGAACGCCGCUGACCCCGAGAAGAAGCAAGGUGGCAAGGGCGUCUGAUGGGCGCGCCCCACGAUGAUCCACGGCCCCUGGCUGCCGGCCACAUGCCUCGCCUUCGCCUUCUAUAUGCAUGCGACUGUGGGAUCGCGCCAACCGGAGCUCCACCGGCGUAGCUGCCGUGUUGUCGUAGUCGAUCUCGUGUUUUUUUUUUUCUUUACCUGUUCUUGUGUUGGAUUCGAUUUUUUUUUUCUGGUUUCCUUUUGACUAAUCUUGGCUUCAGAUGCAUGCAUGCACGCAUGCGCCGGCACCAGUUUGUUGUUCUUGUGUGUAAUUCUUGGAUCAAGUAACGAUCUGUAGUAAUUAAGGGUCGUUUGGUUUGUGUGUGUGUGUAUGAAAAAUUGUUGCUGGAAUUAGUAACUCGUGAUCGCCUGCUCUGUUUCAGUC